GGGAGGGAGAGAGGGAAGCGCGGGUGAAAGGCGUACCGAUGCAGCGGGCGGCGGGCUCGGAGCUUGGCGGGAUCAGACGCUGACCACGUCCCAGCUCCCUCUACCUUCUCCUCCUCCUGGUCCUCCUGGUCCUCCUGCUCCUGCUCCGCGCCGCCCGCCCAGUUCUGCGCUUCCCCAGCGCCGCGCGCCAUGCGCCCCCAGCGCCCCGCCGCCACCUCCCGGCAGCGGCUCCUCGGCCUCCUGCUGCUCCUGCUGCUGCAGCUGCCGGCGCCGUCGAGCGGCUCAGAGCCCCCCAAGGGGAAGCAAAAGGCGCUGCUCCGGCAGAGGGAGGUGGUGGACCUGUAUAAUGGAAUGUGCUUACAAGGGCCUGCAGGGGUGCCUGGUCGAGAUGGGAGCCCUGGGGCCAACGGCAUUCCUGGUACCCCUGGGAUCCCAGGUCGGGACGGAUUCAAAGGAGAAAAGGGGGAAUGCCUGAGGGAAAGCUUUGAGGAGUCCUGGACACCAAACUACAAGCAGUGUUCAUGGAGUUCGCUGAAUUAUGGCAUAGAUCUUGGAAAAAUCGCAGAGUGUACGUUUACAAAGAUGCGUUCUAACAGUGCUCUAAGAGUUUUGUUUAGUGGCUCACUUCGGCUAAAAUGCAGAAAUGCAUGCUGCCAGCGCUGGUAUUUCACAUUCAAUGGAGCUGAAUGUUCAGGACCUCUUCCCAUUGAAGCUAUAAUUUAUUUGGACCAAGGAAGCCCUGAGCUGAAUUCAACAAUUAAUAUUCAUCGGACUUCUUCCGUGGAAGGGCUUUGUGAAGGAAUUGGUGCUGGAUUAGUGGAUGUUGCUAUUUGGCUUGGUACUUGUACAGAUUACCCAAAAGGAGAUGCCUCUACUGGAUGGAAUUCAGUGUCUCGCAUCAUUAUAGAAGAACUACCAAAAUAAAUUCUUGAAGUCUCACUCCCUACCUCUUUUUUAUUAUACUUUUGAAUUUUUUUUUUAAAGAAUGACAUUCUCUAUCAUGUUUACGUAUGCAUCUGAAUGAAAAAUGAAGCUAAACAUGACAAAAGUGUGAUUUCAUACUGUGUUUAAAUCUAGUAUUAUUCAUUUCACUUCAAUCAAAAAUGGUUUCAGGAUUUUGUAGUUGACUGGAAUACUUUCUUCAUAGUCCCAUUCCUUGAACCUAUAGUUUAGAUUGUCAUUGUGGUCUUUAGUUUUACCUAUUCUCUUAGUAUAGCAUUUUAAAAAUAUUAAAGCUACCAGUCUUUGUACAAGUUGUAAAUGUUCAAAAUUGUUUUAUAUCUGUUAAAUAAAACUUAUUUCAAACAACUUU